AUGACUGACUCGGGGCUUUUGUAUCUCCUACGCAAGCGACAGGAUUUUUUGGACCCAAACAAUGACCCCAAUGUUGGUUCAUCUCGAGGAAAUGCAUCGUCGUCAAGCUCGGAAGUCGCAGAUAACCUGGGCAUUGGAGGUUCAACGUCCCUCUCUGCAUUCUUAACAACACUGGUCCCUGCUCUUGUUAUCGCAAUUUUCUGGUUCGGUUUAUUCAUUAUCUGUCGACGGACCCAACAGCGCUGGUACGCUCCGAGAACACAUUUGCACUGCUGGCACAAACAUGAGCGGAGUCCGGAGCUGCCGUCUGGUUUUUUGAACUGGUUUGGAAAGUUCCUCGAAAUUACCGACACUCAUGUUCUUCACCGUUCGUCGAUGGACGGAUAUCUUUUCCUUCGCCUUCUCCGAGUGUUAUGUGCCCUUUGUUUCACAGGCUGUUUGAUAACAUGGCCCAUUCUGCUUCCGAUCCAUGCAACAGGCGGCGCGGGAAACACGCAACUGGAUAUGCUGAGCUUCAGCAAUGUAACGGACCCGACACGGUAUUUUGCUCAUGCUGUCGUCGGAUGCGUGUUUUUCACGUAUAUCUUCUACGUCGUCACACGGGAGAGCUUGUUCUUCGCCAAUCUCAGACAAGCAUAUCUAAACUCGCCAGCUUAUGUCCAUCGCAUUUCAUCACGAACAGUGCUAUUCAUGUCUGUACCGGAGGAUUAUCAAAACGAAAAGAAACUGCGCCAGGUUUUUGGUGAUUCGAUACGACGAAUCUGGAUCACAUCCAAAUGUCAGGAACUCGAGAAGAAAGUCAGGAAACGUGAUAAGCUAGCAUAUAAGCUGGAAAGCGCCGAAACGAAGUACAUCCGCUUAGCAAAUUCGACUGGGCUGAAAAUCCUCAAACAUGGAGACAUUGGGUCCGAGGCUUGUUUGGAAUGCGGGAAGCAUACACCGUCGUGGUCGUCUACCGUUCGGCGCCCUACUCACCGAGUAGGGCUGCUUGGGAUAUUCGGACAAAAAGUCGAUUCUAUCCGUUGGCUGCGGGCCGAACUGGCCAAAAUCAAUAAGGAGGUUAGAGCUCUACAACACAAACACAAGACCGGGGAUGCGAAACACCUUUCCGCCACCUUUGUGGAAUUCCAGACUCAGAAUGAUGCACAAAUCGCCUUGCAGACACUAUCGCAUCAUCAGCCGCAGCAUAUGACUCCACGAUUCAUUGGGAUUUCCCCGAAAGAGGUGGUCUGGUCGGCACUGAAUCUCAGCUGGUGGCAGCGAGUCGUACGCAAAUUCCUCAUUAAGGGAGGUAUUGCUGCGCUGGUCAUUUUCUGGUCAAUUCCGGCAGCUAUUGUCGGUACCAUCUCUAACGUCACCUAUCUCACGAAAAUCCUCCCAUUUUUGAGUUUUAUUAACGAGCUACCCGAUGUUAUCACGGGCAUUAUUGCCGGAUUGCUUCCUUCAGCCGCACUGGUCCUUCUGAUGUCGUUGGUCCCCAUCAUUUGUCGAUUUUGCGCCAGAAGCGCUGGGGUGCCAUCAUUAGCGGGCGUCGAGCUCUUCACACAAAGUGCUCAUUUUUGCUUCCAGGUUGUCCAAGUGUUUUUAGUGACGACUCUCACAUCUGCAGCAUCUGCCGCUACUUCUCAAAUCAUCCAAGAUCCUAUGUCGGCCAAGGACCUUUUGGCGGAGAACCUUCCCAAAGCAACCAAUUUCUACAUUUCAUAUUUCCUUCUCCAGGGACUGACCAUGAGUUCCAUGGCCGUUGUGCAAGUUGCGGGGGCAUUGAUCUUCAAAUUCAUUGCCACCUUUUUUGACCGUUCGCCGAGAAACCUAUACCAGCGAUGGGCUGCUGUUAGUAGCAUUAGUUGGGGGAAUGUCUUUCCUGUUUUUACAAACAUGGGCGUUAUCGCCCUAACAUACUCCUGCAUCGCUCCACUAAUCCUCGGAUUUGCCUUUGUCGGCCUCUACCUUGUUUAUCAAGCCUACCGCUACAACUUCCUCUUUGUCUACGACAUCGACAUCGACACCAAAGGCCUCGUCUACCCCCGCGCCCUCCAACACCUCAUAACAGGCGUCUACCUCGCCGAAAUCUGCAUGAUCGGCCUUUUCGCAAUCCGCGGCGCCGUCGGCCCCCUAGUCAUCAUGAUAAUCUACACCAUUCUCACCGUCCUCGCACACAUCUCCCUCAACGAUGCUCUCACCCCAGUAAUGUCCUUCCUCCCCCGCUCCCUCGACACAGAAGAGGAACACCUCCAGUCCAAGGAAGAAACCGAAGCAUUCCUGGACCAAAAGCAAACCACCCGCCUCGAAGCGAUCUGGAAAUGGUUCCACCCCAACUUGUACCGCGACUACGCGACGCUCCGCCGAAAAGUCCGCCGUGACCUUGUUGAGAUUAGAUACUCCGAGGAAGAGCGUCAGAAUGCAUACUACGAGCCAUGCAUCACGGCCAAGUGUCCUAUGUUAUGGCUUCCUAGGGACAAAUGGGGAUUUAGUCAUCAGGAAGUGCUGGAUACGGAUGCGGGAAUUCCGAUUACGGAUGAGAGAGCGCAUCUGGAUGAGAAAAAUAAGAUAAUUUGGGAUAAGUAUGAUCCGCAUCUACCACUGUGGGAGUUGAAGGUUUUGUAUUGA